GGGAAUUAUUGUAAAUUUCGUCAAUUUUCAUUAUUCAAGAUCCUUUGAAAUAAGACUGCGGAAGCACGACGGAACACAUUGAGAAAAUCAUGUUCACGUUGCACUUCAAAUACUUGAGUAUACUCUUAGCUAUUUCGCUCCUAGCAUUAACUCAAAUAUCUUCUCGUGCCUUGGACUUGCCGCUCAUCUCUGUUAAUAGAACACCUAUCAUUGACGAAUUUGAAACCCCACGCACAAAUUCAACGGCUAAUGAUACAGUUAAUUAUAAUGAUUUUGCCAGCGCGCCGAGAAUUGCGAAGAGACCAUUUGUAUUUACGAGAAAUGGAUUAGACGCAGCACGCAAAACGAAGUCGUAUACGUUUAGGAGCACUAGAGGCAGUCCAAUGGGACGAGUUCCAUGGACACAGAGUGAAAUUGGAAACAAAACGGAAAAUCCUAUUCACGCAGGCACGAUUUUAAGAAAGCAAUUGGGUGUCCGGUAUAAGUACCCUAAUAAUGAAAAUAACGGAUACUAUUCGAAUGUCGUAGAAAACGAACAACAGUCUCAAGAUUAUGAAUCUGAUUAUUAUUCCGAAGAUAAUUAUCAUACCAUGUCCGAUGAUCAAAGCAGCAGCAAUUUUGAAAAUCUUGAAAGAGAUCCUUGGCGUAUCUCGUAUAGUUUGCCAAAUACCGGAUACUUUUUACCUUCGAUGUCGACAAGUUCUAUCAAUGACAAUUAUCCUGUAAUGCUCCGAGGAUGCGAUUGCCCCAGCAGAUCAACUCGAUCACACGAAUGUGGAAAUCCAUCGAAUACCUUUCUGAAUUUGGUAUUUAUUCUUGGUCAGAAUGUUUGGACUCUGAUACGACUCAUCGUCAGUAGCAGUGUCCCCUUCAUAAUACCCUUCGUCCUCCUUAAACUUAUUAUUAUUCCUUUAAAAAUCCUUAAAUUUAUCAAACUCAUUAAGCUCUUCUUUAAAUUCUUCGUCGUACUACCUUUCCUUCUCCGCUUCAUUAUUCCAGCUUUCUCCAACACCUUUAACCUGUCUAAUUUCCUCUUUCAAAAUUUACUCGGCAUCCCUUUAUCCUAUUCCGACCCCCGUCAAUCGCACGCUCAUGAUAACGACGAUAAUAUUGACAGUUGGAACAGCACAAAUACAUCGUCAGCUUUUGAGAAAGAAAUUAAUUGGAGCAACGGAGACAUGUGGGAUUUAAGAUCUUGCCCCAGCAGACUUGCCUGCGAGUUAGGCGCAUUCCUCUCGACUCCAAGCGACACAUUCGCGCUACAAAGAAUUGCCAAUUAUUUGUUAAAAGUGGCCGGAUGGAUGAAAGUUAAAAAUAUGAAUGCCGAUACCGUUGAUAACAAGGAAUUUACUGAGAAUAUCAACGCGAAUCGUGACGAGCAAAAGACCGAAGUCUUGAAAGCUUUUUUAAUAGCGCUGAGUAAAAGCUGGGAGAAAGAUAAAUGUGAAAUAUAUGAUUGUGCGAUGUUCUUUGAGAAAUAA